AUGAUGCAUUCUGUGUUACAGGAAGUUAAACCGAAUUUAACAGAGCGAAUACAAGACUAUGAUGUCUCCCUGGACAAGGCUCUGGAUGAGCUAAUGGAUGGAGACAUAAUUGUGUUCCAGAAGGAUGAUCCUGAAAAUGAAACCAGUGAGCUGCCUACUGCAAAAGACUACUUCAGAGACUUGUACCACCGUGUAGAUGUCAUCUUCUGUGACAAGACCAUUCACAAUGACCCAGGCUUUGUUGUGACACUGUCAAACCGAAUGAACUACUUCCAGGUGGCAAAGACUGUUGCGCAGAGGUUAAAUACUGACCCCAUGCUCCUACAGUUCUUCAAGUCACAGGG